GUUUUGGACGGCAGUAUAGACGGCGGUACACUAAUCUUGUAUGGUUGGUGUUGUGUGGAUUUGCAGCUCUACUUUUGUUCAUUGUUCUUCAAAGUAAAGAUAAUCAACCCAUGUCCAGCCCUGCUUUAGCUAAGAGAUCUUAUAGGCAAAAUAGAAUUAUGGAAGGCCUUAAUGUUACAUAGGAGAUGUUGAACCCAGCCUCAUUUACAAGACAGCUAAGCGACCAAAUCGCUUUAGCUAAAUCUCUUGUCGUGAUAGCGAAAGAAAGCAAAAACCUUCAAUUUGCAUGGGAGUUAAGUGCUCAGAUUCGAUACUUGCAGAUCCUCCUUUCUAAAGCUGCCACAAGACGUAGCUCAUUGACAAUUAGGGAGUCGGGAAAUGCAAUCAAGGAUAUGGCACUUCUGCUUUUCCAACCUCAACAACUUCAUUAUGAUAGUGGAACCAUGAUCAUGAGAUUGAAGGCUAAAAUCCACUCACUUGAAGAGCAAAUGAGCACGGUGAGUGAUAAUAGUUCCAAAUUCGGGCAAUUAGCCGCUGAGGAAGUCCCGAAAAGUCUCUAUUGUCUUGAUGUUCAGCUGACAACCGAGUGGUUUAGAAAUCCGAAUGUUCAAAGAAGACUUUCCGGAGGAAAGUCAAAUGUGUGGAAACUCGAAGAUAACAAUCUUUAUCAUUUUUGCGUCUUCUCUGACAAUAUCCUCGCAACAUCGGUAGUAGUAAAUUCCACUGCAGUGAACUCAGAACACCCAGAAAACGUUGUUUUCCAUCUUGUAACCGAUAAGAUUAACUAUGCACCUAUGAAGGCGUGGUUUUCAAUGAACGACUUUCGUGGAAUAACUGUCGAGGUUCAGAAAAUCGAGGACUUCAGUUGGCUCAAUGCUUCCCAUGUUCCGGUCCUUAGGCAGCUCCAAGGUUCGGAAACCAAAAACUAUUAUUUUACUGGGAAUGUCGAUAAGAAAACGCCUAUAAAGUUCCGGAAUCCCAAGUACCUAUCGAUGCUUAACCAUCUCAGAUUCUACAUCCCAGAAGUUGUCCCGGCUUUGAGGAAGGUAAUAUUUCUCGAUGAUGAUGUUGUCGUUCAAAAGGAUCUUUCGGGUUUAUUCUCCGUUGAUCUAAAUGGGAAUGUAAAUGGGGCAGUUGAGACAUGUACCGAAACAUUUCAUCGGUAUCACAAGUACUUGAACUAUUCUCACCCGCUUAUACAAUCACAUUUUGAUCCCGAUGCCUGUGGUUGGGCAUUUAAGAUGAAUGUGUUCGAUCUGGUGGAAUGGAGGAAAAGAAAUGUAUCGGGAAUUUAUCAUUACUGGCAGGAAAAGAACAUAGAUCGGACGCUCUGGAAACUGGGCACUCUUCCACCCGGGUUACUCACUUUCUACGGAUUGAUUGAGCCGUUGGAUCCUUCGUGGCACGUUUUGGGAUUGGGAUACACGAAUGUGGAUCAUAAGCUCAUCUCGAAAGGCACCGUGCUGCAUUACAACGGAAACUCAAAGCCAUGGUUGAAGAUUGGCAUUGAGAAAUACAAACCGUUAUGGGAAAAGUAUGUUGCUUAUGAUUAUCCUAUACUCCAACAAUGUAAUGUUCAUUGAUCUGGUCUAAAGCUGUUAAUCGGGUCAGGUCGAGUUUUUAAUGGGUUGGGAUGGGUCAAAGCCCGCUUAGACUUGACCUGCUCCGAUCCAUUUUAAAAAAUUCAUCCAAUGAUCUUUUAGUUUGAUUUUGUAGUCCAUUUUGUCGACUGUCAUCUGGCCUGACCAUUUACAUCAAAGUCCGAAAAUGGCCCGUAAUCGACCUGUUAUUGGCCCGACCUGUUAAUGAUCAGUUUAAAAGUGAUUCAACCUUUGACCCGUCUCAUUGAACACCUCUAAUUUGGUCCAUAUUCUUGUAACACUGAUUAUUUAAUGGAUACACAAAUUUUUGAACUUGUUAUUUAGCGUUAAGCUGAAUUAUUUAACUACUUGAUAUUGUAAUUUGGAAAGAAUAAGUAAAAUAAUAUAAAAAAAGUCAAAAAUAAGUAACUUUUGAAUUUUAUUCUCAAAAUAAGCACUUUUUGUCCAGUUCAGAGGUUCAGCACUGUUCAUUGUUAAUAACAGCGGAUAUAGAAAUUUGGUCAAAAAAAGUCAAGAUUUUUAUUCGCUGUUACUAACAGCGAACAAAGAAUUUGACCAGUUUUCUUUAUUCCCAAAAUAGCAUCAAGUAAUUGUUCGCUGUUAUUAACAACAAACAAAGAGAACUGGUAAAAAAUGGUCAAAAUCUUUGUUC